AUGUCAGUUUCUGAUCUGAUUCUUCAAAUUUUUGAGUCGCACGCAGAAUGCAUGAACAAACAAUUAUUCCAAAGAUUUAGCAUCCCUUACCUCAAAGCUAUAGCCAACGUCGUCAAGUCCUCCUUUGACAAAGAGACCACUCCUCCUUUAAUUCUAUUCGCCAAAGGAGUUCAACAUUCUUUAUCACUUUUAAAUUCUCUAGGAUACGACGUUAUAAGCUUGGAUUGGACUUUAGAUCCAGAGGAAGCCAAGAAAAUAUUAGGGCCCAAUAUAGUUCUUCAAGGCAAUUUGGAUCCCAGCGCAUUAUUUAGCUCCAAAGAAGCUCUCCAGAACCUGACCACUGACAUGAUUUCUCGAUUCGGAACUAAAGGUUACAUAGCUAACCUGGGACAUGGUAUAUAUCCAGAAACACCUAUCGAAAAUGUUUCUUACUUUAUCGAGGCAGUUCAUUCUUACCCGACUAAUCUAUAAAUUAACUAUGCUCGUCUCCUUUUUUUACAAAUAUUUUAUUUCUCUUUUUCAUUUAUUUUAUAAAGAUUUUGCACAUAUUAUUUGUAAGAUAGUUAUCGUAAAAUAUUUUAUUUCUGACAUCUGGUGUCUUAAUCCCCAUCAUUAAUCCACUUAACCCUGCAUAUAAUAUAUUCUUCAGAUAUUUUAUAAUCAUCUUUCAUUAAUUUUCUUUAGGAAUUAUUUUCCAGACUUUUUUUAUAAUAUCAAACAAAACUUCAUAAUGAUGAUGCGUUACACAUUUAUAUUAUGUAAUCAUAUUUUUUUUUUUAAAAAAUAA